UGCGGCCGGUAUCUCCAUCCGUGGCCCUUUGGUCGUUCCUGGUUCUGAUGGCGGCGACAUAUAGUGAGGAGGCGGGAACCACCGAAGAGCAGGCGACCCGGGGCUGGGGCGACGAAAAGUGCCAUUAUUACGCGGGGGGCGAGGUGUAUCCCGGAGAGGCAUUGCGGAUGCCCGUCACUGACCACUCCCUCCACCUCAGCAAGGCCAAGAUUUCUAAACCAGCACCUGAUUGGGAAGGAACUGCAGUCAUCAAUGGAGAGUUUAAGGAACUGAAGUUAUCAGAUUAUGAAGGGAAAUACCUUGUAUUCUUCUUUUAUCCUCUUGACUUCACAUUUGUGUGUCCAACAGAGAUACUUGCCUUCAGUGACAGAAUUGAACAAUUCAGAGCAAUAAACACUGAAGUGGUAGCUUGUUCAGUUGAUUCACAGUUCACCCAUUUAGCAUGGAUCAAUACUCCGCGAAAAAAAGGAGGGCUGGGACCAAUAAAGAUACCACUCCUUUCAGAUUUGACACACCAGAUUGCAAAGGAUUAUGGAGUUUAUCUGGAAGAUCAAGGUCAUGCUCUCAGAGGCCUUUUCAUUAUAGAUGACAAGAAAUAUCUUCGACAAAUAACAAUGAAUGACCUACCUGUUGGCAGAUCUGUGGAUGAAACUCUUCGUCUAGUUCAAGCAUUCCAGUACACUGACAAACAUGGAGAAGUAUGCCCUGCUGGUUGGAAACCUGGCAGUGAAACAAUAAUUCCAGAUCCUGCAGGAAAACUGAAAUAUUUUGGGAAAUUUAACUAACCAUUUAUUUUAAAUACACAACUACAAAG